AUGGAUGAGUUCCCCUGUAAAAGCUCUGAGAAGUCGAGCCCCAGCUUUCCGGAGGAUGCAGACUAUGAUGAAGAACAACUUCCUGUCUACAAUCAGUCUGAGUCCCACGAAAACCCUCCUUCUACUGAUUCUCCUAUCGAUAAGAUGUCGAGUGAUGUUACAUUGGUGGCAGAUGAGGAGGAUGACGAAAUGGAGGGAAUGAAACCUUUGGCCUCGAACCUCGACAGUCCUAAACCCAACAUCGAUAUGGGUGAUAAAAAAGUGCAUUGGACUACGCGGCACGUGCAGUUAUUGCUCAACCGUGUUGAGGAGCACCUCAAUGAGUUUAAUGUUCAGAAGAAGCAUAAGGCCGUUUGGCAGGCAAUUGGGGCUGAAAUGGAGCCUUAUGGUUUUACUACCGAGCACUGUUAUAACAAGUGGAAGAAUCUCCGGCGUGACGUUCGCCUUCUAGUCAAUAACCCUUCAAAAGUUGUUAGAAAUGCUGCAAUCCUUCGUCAGGUUGCUCGCCUCAUCCUCGUCAUUUAUCCCAAUGUUGAUGCCAGUACGAUGCAGGUUUGUGACAGGAGUGGCAUAAAGUCCCUACCCGCCACUCCCGGGGGUCAGGGUUGUGCUAAUAAAACUGCCACUAUUGAUGUCCAUUACAGUGGCUUUAAUUCACCCCACGGCAAAUUAAGUAAUGGUACUUCCCCUCGCCCCAAUAAUUCCCUUUAUGCUGCGGCUGGUCCGGUUAACGUCCAUUCCACCCCCAGCAGUGUUGAAAAGAGUUUUUGCGGUGCUGCCAAAUCAGGAACCGUUCCGGCUACAGCACUCUUCGUUGAUUCUCUUUGUAAUGGCGAUAAGGUGCAAAACAUGUUCAAUCAGGGUUCUCGCCCCGAACCGGACUCGACUGGUCCUUUUCAGUUUCCUUUCAAUCAGACGGCCGCUGCCUUGUUUUUUCAGUCCCAGUUAUUUUCCGACCUGGUUAAACAGCAACAGUUGAAAAAUCAGAUGGAUUCCAAGUCUCAGGACCAGGCGCAUGACCUCUCAGCCGCCCAGAAUGGCGCUUCCAAUACGUUUAGCAUUCUUCAGCAGGCGCUCUCCAGUCCACCCUGCAAUGACCUAAACGCCCUCUCCGUUAUCACUACUAACCUGUUAAAUAGCAUGGCGGGCUUGACCCCGCAGGUUAACGAGUCAGAGUGUCCGAAUACAAGUAGCAACAACGGCAAUAGCAAUAUCAUAAUGAACAGUACCAACACCAAUCCACUCUUAGGUCUCUUUCCUAACAUACCCCUUAGCCUCCUGGAGCGUUUCGCUCCCAACAGCUGCGAAAUCACCGAAAUCAUUGAGAGUUUGCGGGCAGAAGAUGAUGCUCAGUUUCGUGUGGCUGACAUUAUGUCUGACGCUGCUGAACAGCUACGUCGGGCCUGUCAGAGACGGCAGGCAGCAUUAAGCAAACUUCUCGAUCUGAUCAAGAGACAAGCUAAUGGUGGGGGCUCUGCCGGCGCCGCUCCCUCUUGCAUUCCGUGUUGUGCGUGCACGCAUUCCCUCUCCUCCAUGUGCUCAGAAUCAAUUUCCGUCCAUCUGUUAGCUGAGGCGCUGCGGCAGCGUGGGGGCGGCGUCUGCAAGGGCACAGCUUCUCCGCCUCUUGGUAAUCUGUGCGAUCAAGGCGGCGAGCGAAGUGAUACGAUCAGCACCCCGAACAUGACUGCCACCCCCCUGCUGGGCGUGACUCAUCGCAGGGGUAAUCUUAGCGCUUUUGAUGGUGGAUUGCCACUGAGUCAUGGCCUGGGGCUUACUUGUACUUGUCAUGACUUCUGGCUCGAACUGCUGGACUGGACAGAUGAGGUGAAGCGUUUGACCGGCUUCUUUGAAUUGGGCCAUCAGACAACGAACGCACCAAUCUUGCACUGUCGCUCGCGCUCUCGUUCUACCUCUUCUCGUGUGGCUCGGACGGACGCAUGCAUACAAAACACACAUCGGCCACUUCAUGAGUCACUCGCAUGUGAACAAAGAACUCCCAUGAUUCAUCACCCCAGUUCCUCCCUCUCCGUCGUCGUCGCAGACUUAGCAGCAGUAGCAGUGGCGGUGGCGGCGGCAGUGGUAAUGGUCGCAGAGAGAGGUGCCUUAUACGCAUCGGCAAUACCAACAUAA